UCAUUAAGAAAUUUUCUCUUUGUUCUUCACGUGCUCUUCGUUCUUUUCCAACUUGUUGUUGUAGUUCUUUUAUUUGAGCAGAAAGUUUUAUGUUCUCUUCUUGUUUCGCAUUUUCUAAAUCUUUUGAUGCUUCCAGAGCUGUCUUUAAAUUGUCUAUAAUACAUUCAAAUAGUCCUUCUCUCUCUAUUAAUGACUGCUUUUCACGUUGUUCUUCUUUUAAUAAAUUUUUGAGUGAUUCUACACUUCGUUGA